AUGAAACUGAACAUUUCAUCGCCUUUCAUCCUCUUUCUCCUCCCCGCCAUUUCGACUGCCUUGGCAGACGUCAAGCCAAACGCCCAGCCGACCGUUCGUGCCUCAUAUGGCUCUUCCGGACUUGAUGCUCGCUACGCUGAUACCGACUCUUAUGCUUCGGGCAAUGUCGCCAAGGGAUCCUCGGAUGUCCCUGUAGAUGGGAAGGAUGGCAAACCACACGCGGGCCCGUGGGUAGAGACUGGUGCAGAACGCGACCGAAAGAUCACCGGGAACACCAUUGUCGGGAGUGAUGAUUACGAACUUGCACCUUCCAGACUCGAUACGAAGAUUCCUUCUUCGGACCACCUUAACACUGAUGGCGGAAAAGUUAUUCCGCAUUCCAAUGGCGGCGUCAUGAACGACCCGAAUCGAGCGGGACCGAAGGAGGGCACGCGAGGCACCGAGGGUGGCGUAUCGGCGAAAGAAAAAGAGAACCAGUAUGCAGAGAAAGUGCCCGGAAGCCCCAAAGAGGCCCCUCCUUUACCGCACGGCGAGAAACAGAAGUUUUCGUCAGACAGUGACAGCGCAUCCGGAAGUGGUGGCCGCACAGCUGAUGAAGCUGGCACACUUGGGAUGUUGGAGAAACCGGCCGAUCUACCCAGCAAGCCUCAUGAUAUCCCUCACCCCAAACCCCCCUCUCAAGUCAACAAUGAUCCGUUGGCCAUUGAGCACGGAUCGGGCUCGUACGCUAGCUCGUCAAAGACAUACGACAAGAACACUGGCCUUGCAGAGGAGAAUGACGGACUCCACUCGCUUCUAUUCGCGUUCACUAUGAUCAUCGUUUCUGAAAUUGGAGACAAGACCUUCCUCGUUGCUGCGCUGAUGGCUAUGAGACACCCACGUCUGGUCGUUUUCACCUCCGCAUUCUCUGCUCUCAUCGCCAUGACCGUUCUUUCCGCUGUCCUCGGCCACGCCGUCCCCACACUGAUCCCCAAGUCCGUCACCAAGUUCAUGGCGGCCAUCCUCUUCCUUGUUUUCGGCGCAAAGAUGCUCAAGGAGGGCCGCGAGAUGUCCCCCGACGAGGGCGUCGGCGAGGAGAUGCGGGAGGUGGAACAGGAGCUGGAGGAGAAAGAACAGGAGCAGAUCCGUAUGGGUCGUCGCCGCUCUUCCGUUACCCCCCAUAACCUGGAAGCCGGUCGCGCUGGCGGUCGUCCCAAAUCUCGUGGAAACCGUCUGCCUUCGCCCCCGGAGAGUAUCUCCUCAUCUUCGUCUCGUGGCUCAUCUCCUCAGCCUCGCCUAAAGGAAUGCAUGUCAGGCGUGAGCAACCUCCUAUCUCUUCUUCUCAGCCCCGCUCAGAUCGCCACCAUCGCUAUGGCCGCCGGUCAGGACUACUGGUGGGUCACAAUUGGUGCUAUCACUGGGCACGGUAUUUGCACAGCCGCUGCCGUUAUCGGUGGGCGUGCGAUUGCGGGCCGUGUCAGCAUGCGUGUUGUUACCCUCGGCGGUGCCGCGGCAUUCCUUGUAUUCGGCGUCAUCUAUCUCAUUGAAGGCCUUUUCUGA